AUGAGAAAACCGACAGAAACAAAUGAAUCUCUCAGUAACCAGACAACGCCAUUUGAUCCUGAAAGACGGAGUUCUUACACAACGGGCGAAGUAAUUUGCAUUGCCAUUGUGACAGGAUCUCUAAGUGUGGUAACCAUCGUUGGAAACGUUCUCGUCAUUAUUUCCAUCAAAAUAAACAGGCAUUUGCAAACUAUUAACAACUACUUCAUUUUCAGCUUAGCUUGCGCUGAUAUUACUGUUGGUGUAACCAUGAAUCUAUUCACCCUUUACAGUCUCCUUGGCUACUGGCCUCUGGGUCCAGUGGUGUGUGAUUUAUGGCUUGCUAUCGAUUACGUUGUCACCAAUGCCUCUUCCAUGAAUCUCCUUAUCAUUAGCUUUGACCGCUACUUCUGUGUGACCAAACCCCUUAGCUACCCCGUAAGGAGGACACCAAAGGUUGCAGGAAUGAUGAUCGCAGCUGCUUGGGUGCUGUCAUUUCUCUUGUGGGCUCCUGCCAUUCUCUUCUGGCAGUUUAUCGUAGGGCAGAGAACAGUAAGUGAAGAAGCAUGUUAUAUACAGUUCUUCUCCAAUCCUGCUGUCACUUUUGGCACUUCAAUAGCUGCCUUCUAUCUCCCAGUCACUAUCAUGGUGAUUUUGUACAUUUCAAUAUCACGUGCUAGCAAAAGUCGAAUGAAGAUGGAUAAAAAGAAAGGGUCCCAAUCGAAUAAGGAACCAGUUUCUUCCAGUCUGGAGGUGGGUAAGAGACAGAUGUCGAGUCAGAAGAACAUAUCAAAUGCUUCUGAUGGGCUGCCACAAGUGAAAACGCGAAAUGGUACAAUAAAUCAUGAAAUCAUAAUUGAUCAUUCUGGUGAAAGAGUGGAAGCGGUCUGGAGUGAGUCAACUUCUUCCAGCACGAUUUCAUUAAACAGAAAUAUGGCUAAUACAUCACAAAAGAGUAACGACAAUGGAACCACACCAGGAAUCAUUGCAGAUAUUAGCAGCAAUAACGAGAAGGAUAGAGAGAUUACAGAGAGACAAAAAAUUGAUAAAACAAUUUAUAAGACUGUUCAGAAGAGUAAUGUAACUGUAACCAGAGGAAAGAAAGUGACAAGGACCAUUCUAGCUAUUCUCCUCGCAUUUAUUGUCACUUGGAGUCCAUUCUAUGUUAUGGUACUCAUUCGCACGUUCUGUUCCUUUUGUAUUCCAGCGAAACUUUGGGAUAUCGGAUAUUGGAUAUUUUACAUCAACAGCACUGUCAAUCCAGCCUGCUAUGCACUCUGUAAUGCUACUUUCAAGAAAACUUACAAACACCUUCUCUUGUGCCAGUACAAGGAUGUUGGUGCAAAAAGCUAA